AUGGGAGAGGAGGCGCAGAGUCUUCAAGCAGACAUAGACAAGACGACGACCAAGAUCGAGCAGCUCGAGGCGCAGCUGGAAGCUCUGCCAAGCGAUGCUACUGCGUCCGACAGAGAGUAUCUGCAGCAGAGGAUCCUUGCGCUCGGGAGGGAGAAGGAGCUGCUGCUGCAGCUGCUGCUGCAGAGGCUGCUGCAGAGGCUGCCCCCAGCACAAGGCCCAGACACCCCGCCGCGCCUGCUUUCGCGUGUUGGUGAUCAUGUUGGCUUCUCCAUAUUCACUCUGCAACAUGGGAGUGACAGCAUUGAGCAGGAGCUGUUGAUAGACACCAGGUGUGGUCUAGAGCUGCUCCUACAACAGAGCAUUGCUGACCAGCUGCACCUCGUCCCAGUGCCCGGCUGUGACAUCCGUGUCACUGGCGUGGUGGGACUGUGA